GAAAACAGCUGUGGCCAUUGUCUGUUAACUUGCUAGUCUAUUUAUUUAUUUAAUUCUUAACCAUGUCGAAUAUUCCACCUGUGCCACCACCUCCUCCCACACCGCCCAUGACAGUCGCUCCUGGCACACCAGCUACAACAAAGGAACGUCCUGCUACGGACCAUAUACCCACCGAUAAGUGCAGUUGGGCUGCGGAGUAUCCUGAGGUGCAGAAAGGAUGCUUUUUAAGUCGCGUCUGCGAAGAUUCUCCACCGAAACACUGCCAAUACUACUCCGUAAACAGUAUAAUGCAGGUUGGACCCACUUGUGGCCUAGUGGCCCUAAGCAUGUUGCUCGGCGGUAGUCCCACGGCAGCUGAUCUCCUCAAGGAUGCAAUUGAGCAGGAGUAUACCCUAAAUGGCGAACUAUUUAGUGCUCAGUAUUUGUUUGAACUGACCAGGAAGCAUAUGCCAGGACCAGCUGCGUGCCAGUUGCAUGCCGGACCUCUGGACUGCAAAAAAGUCAGGGCACUUUUAAGUGCCGGAGGCUGUCUACUAGUGCCCUACGAUUCCGAUGUAAACCAUGCGCCCUGCGUUAGACACGGACACCGAGCGCAUUGGGCUUUGAUUGUGGGUUACCUGGUGGACCGGCUGGAUCGGUUCUUCGUCUUGGCUCGUCACGGCAAAUCCCGCAAUCUGGCCGUUUGGCUACUGGACACGCUCAGCGAAAGCAAUGAACAUUUGAAAGAGUUUGCCCAACCCAAAGGCUACCCAGACGAUGAGUUUCUGCUGCCACCGGGUGGAAUCGGUGGAUCUCUGGGUCUCAUCGAGCGCUGCAUACUGGUCAACGGACUGCCAAAGCAGGAAGACGAGCGCAUCCAGCACAAGCACCAGCACACUUGAGUCCAAGGAAUUUCCACGAAAAAUGUUUUCCACAUGGGUUCCUAGGCAAAGCAAACAAACAAAGGCUAACAGAGAGACAGAAUGAGACGGAGAUACGCUAUAAUGGCAGACAAAGUGUUGCCGAAAGCUAUGAAAGAUGUGUCAUGGGCAAAACCCCGCCAUUCAGAUGCCUCACCAGCAACACCUCAUCCCAUUUGAAUGCCCAUUUCCACCUCAGCUCAGCUCAUCUCACCGCAACGCAAAGCAACGCACAUUCAUCCCACGCUCUGUUGGUGCCACGCUGCGUAUGAGUAAUGAAAAGCGUAUUGAAAAGCGACGAGCGACAUUGAUUUAGUGUCCGUGCUCUCUAUAUCCAUGCGGGGGAGCUCGGAUAAGCCACGGUAACAGCAAAGAAAAACCCAAUUUUCCGAGUUUUAGCUACUUCUUUUUGGCAGCAUACUAUAUAUUAUUAUCCAUUAAAUAACAUACUAUCAAGCCAUUAGUAAUGUUUACGCCUUUACAGCUGCCAUAAAAUUAUCUCUCACAUUUCUAGUUUGCUCUACAGUAUCAACGACCUCUUUAUGUUUGGCAAACGUAAGAUGGGUCAGCGGAAAAUAUUAAAAUAAUAAAUGUGUUAUUGCCAAAACACAAUACACCCUUGAACCUAAACCAAGCAUCAAGUGCCGGGUAAACAAGCCAAGAGGAAUAGCAGACUGGCACUGGCACAGAAAGCCAAUACAUUGGUUUGACCUUGGCCAGCACACGAAUCUUGUCAUUAGCUGACAGCUGACAGCCGAUGGGGCGGCCAAGUGGGUGGUGGUAGGUGGUUGUGGAGGUCGGAGGCUGAAAAGAUGAUAACCAGAAAGGGGGAAAGCAGCAGCAGCGUGGAA